CUCUUGGUUUAUUCAGUGAUAAAAUGUAAUUGUUUUCUUCACCAGUUGAGUUAAGUCGCCAUGGCUCUACCCAGAGGGACGAGGUGACUGUGCUUCAGAAGACUAUCUCUGCUCGGCACUAGAGACCACUGACAGACCUACAUAUGUGAGCGUGAGUACAGUUAUUAGAUCAGUCAAACAGGGAAUAAGCACUGUUCGGUCUCUCAUUCUGCAGGAAAAUACUCUGGAAGAAGUAAGGCUUACUGUUACAGACAUGGAUAACUCUCUAAAGUAAGUGUAACCUUUUUGAGUGUGUGAGGGAGAAUUAUCUGUUCGUGAGAGUCAUGUCUACCAAAUAUGUGUGUGUGUGGAGAGUGAAUCAGUGAUAUUGUGUUGUACCUGCAGCCAGCUGAAGGGGGCACUGAGCAGCCGUGAGAGGGAGAUAGCCAGUCUACGCAGACAACUGGGCUCUUCCCAGGAGGAGCUGUCUGGAGUGGGGAGAGAAAGAGAGAUCGUCAUGAGAGAGAACAGGAGACUACAGGAUGACCUAGCCACUAUGACCAGGGAGAACCAGGUACAGAGCUAAGUUUGAUAUGCAAGAGCUUUUAUGAACAUAACAAACCAGACUGGUUUCUUUUCUGUCACCCACAAUUGACAUAUUUAACUUGGGGGCACACUCACCCUCUAUUCUUUAUUUAAUUGGGAUGCAAACAUGUCAUACAUACUCUGUAUUGUUGGGUUUCAUUUGCACAUGUUUUGUGUCCAGGUUGUGCAUACUGAGAUGGAGGAGGCCUUGCAUGAGAAAGAUGAGAGUUCACUCCUAUAUCUCAGAAGUGGCAAGGAUAGAGAAUAUGAUGAUUGCAAAGGUAAGAGGCGGAGCAUUCUGCUGUACUUGAUAAUGCCUGUUUCCAGUGUGUAGCCAAAUACACAUCAUCCAGAUAACAUGGAGAUAUUCCAAAGUAAAGAUGCUAUAGAUUCCUUCCAAUAGUUUUUUUUAACUGACUGAUUAAAUAAUGUUGGCCCCCAGGAGCAGGAGAACGGGGAGAUGCUGGAGCAGUCCGAGGACCGGGAGCUGAAGCUGCAGCAUGCAGAGGGCCUCAACAACUCCAUCCGCCUGGAGCUGCUCUCCUCAGACACGGAGAGACGACACCUCAUGGAGACUGUGGGACAUCAGGAGAGAUCCAGGAGGUGAGACUGUUGGGCCAAUGUGAGUGGAGAAAAAUAAUGUAGGAAAAGAGUCCAAUGGGGAGAGUUUGAGUUUGUCUGUCCUUUCUCACCUCUAACCAACAUCCUACUAUACUGAAUUAACUUGCAUUGUUGCAAUUGGUGAUAAAGGAAGCCUGUUCUGUCCCCACCCUACAGCACAUGAGUGCCCUGCAGGUGUACGAGGUCCAGGUGUCGUCCCUGGCCCGGGGCAUGUCCAGGCUGGAGGAGGCGCUGCAGGAGGCCCGGGGGGAGAAGACUGUCCUCCUCUCUGACCUGGCCUCUGUCAGGGAGCUCUGUGUCAAACUGGACUCCAGCAAAGACCUCAGCACCCACCAGUUUACCUCUAAGAGCAUGGAGCUGGAGAGGGUGAGCAAACCCUCUGACUGCAUCCCAAUCCACCACCCUUUUCACUUCCCGUCAUGGAUUUAGCAAUGGUGGAAACUUACACCACACACACAGUGCAUGUACCAGUAAGUUGUGAUACAGACCUUGCUAAUUGCAGGAACCCUAGCUAUAACAAAAUGUGCCCUGUCUGUGCUAUAGUGUUGACUAUGCCCUUCAUCAUGUCUAUGUGUUGGUGCUGCUCUCUCAGGUGACCGAAGAGCUGGAGGACGUGCGCUGUGAGGCGGAGCUACUGAAGAAGCAGCUGGCCAGUGAGAGACUGAAUGUCCGUAACCUAGAGACACUUCUCUCCUCCAAUCGGCAGAAAGAGUUCCACACCCAUCUGAGCGCCAGUGAGAGGGAGUCAGAGUUCUGAGGGACAGACUGGCCCUCGCUGACAGCAAAACGUGAGAGAUAGGGUCCUAAAGGCUCCUCAGGUCAACUACUGUACUUCUCCACAGACCCACUUAUUACAUCAGACCCAUAACAUCUCAAUUACACACAAUCUUGAGUCUUACUGAUUUAAUAAAGAUAAGUAACAGUGUGUGUGUGCAGGGAAGGACAUGCCAGAGAGGUUUCUCAGCUCAGAGGGAAAGUCUCUCAGCUGCAGACAGAGAUGGACAUGCUGAAGAGACAGCUGACCACUGAGCGCUUUGAGUGAUGAGCUGAAUGACUCUACAUUUUCUGUGCUAAUCAGGCACCUAGCCUCUAAACAUUCAAUAGUCAAUAAACUAAAUGAAUACAUUUCAGUGUAAUUGAUAAGGCUGUGGGCCGCUAUCUCUCCCUUAUGCCCUUGCUGUCUCUCUCCUCAGGAAGAGGGCCGUGCAGGAGAUGCGCAGACAAGGUGUCUUUCUCUUUCCUCCGGAGCGCCUCCCCCCCGAGCAGAUCUGAGUCCCCGCCCCUCCUCACUAGAACAUUCCAUCCUGCAAACUCCAGAGCGCUCCACCGACAGGUCACCAGAGACGUGAGUCACACUCACAUUACUACGUACAUGCACACACACACACUGCACUCGCAGCAAUACUCUACCAUCUAUAAAACAAAAAUACUUUACAGAUCCCAUUGAUUGGGCUCCUGAGUGGCGCAGCGGUCUAAGGCUAUAAAAAUAAAAUAAAAAAUAAAUACAUUGUAUUCAAGCCUGUAAUUAAUUUGACUUCUCCAUUCCUGUUUUCCACAGAAGUGUGAGCUUUAAGAAGUAGAGUGACACAGGACAGACAGGGAAAUGAAGGAGCUGAAGUGAAUGAAUGAGAAGCCUGUAAGAGUAUCAGUUUGGACGCACCACACAAACUAUUCACGUAACUCGUGUCCAACAAAAAUGCUUGUAAUGGUCUAAAAUGUCAGCUUCCUCCUCCUUCCCUAUGAAAGAUGCACUAAACUCAGAUCAAAGGUGAAAUCAUGCUGUCUUCUCACCAAAUAUCAUUCCAAUGUCAAUAGUUUGAAGAAUUUGAUUGUCUGUAUUGUGUUUUUCUAUGAGAAAUCUACUUAUUGAGCUACUAAUAGUAUUAUCUCAUUAAACUAUACCUGUACAUUUUCAGCUUUUUCUUGGGUUAGGACAUCCAUUAGACAGGGGCUGAGAUACUUUUACCAAAUGCAUUUAUAAGAAUCUGGGCUUGGUUAGAACUUGGUUAUUAGACCACUGAUAGGAGAAUAGUUCAGCUUAGUUCAGCUUUGUGUUCAGUGUUCUGUGGUAUUUUUGUACAUGUUUAAUGUUACAUAGUAUUCCUAUGAUGCC